AUGCGAGUCCCAGCCUCCAUCCUGGCUAUAGCUGCAGUUCAGGCUGUCCUGAAAAACCUCGCAAAUGUUUGCUGGCACCAUUCCACGGCAGUGGUUCAAGAGGAAAUGGAGGUGACACGGCAGACCAAAAACUACUGGCCAGCAGCAGGACUGCAGGAAAGGAAGCGCUAUGUCUGCCAAUGGGACCCAUCCGCACAACUAGCAUGUUGUCGCUGCGCAAGUCUCAACUGGAGUUUGACCAAAAGUGGAUCAUUGUUGCAGUUGAUUUUUGAUGGGAAAUAUGAGGCCAUAUUUUCCAAUUCAGCCAUCCGGAAUGUUUUCAGUGCAUCUUCUGUGACAGAGGAGAACAUUGACAGUUACUUGGAGAAGCAGAUCCUAGCAUACCUGGACUGUUCUGCAGAGGUUGAUAAUGUGGAAAGGCAGAGGCUGAUGUUUCUACUUGGUGUGGGCAGUUUGCAGCUCUUUGUUCAAAGCAAUUGGACUGGGCCUCCUGUUCAGUUAAAGCUUCAGGACUUUUUGCCACCUGCAUUGUUACAGAAGUUCUCUGAGCCAAAAAUGCUGCACGCAGCUAUUCUGAAGAAGCUGGUUCUAGAUGGUGAAUCGGUCUACACCUUGACUUCUCAUCCAGUUUUGCUGCUUAUAGCCAGGAUAAUCCUUGUGAAUUCAAGACACAAACUUGCAUCUCUUCAGACAUUAUCUUGGUGGACUCUAAGAUAUGUGAAUAUUCACCAGCAGUUGUUGGAGGAGAGAUCACCUGAACUAUUUACUCUUGCCCAGGCCUGUAUAAAAGAAGUGACAGAAGCAGAAACUUUGCUCACGGGUGGUGAAAGCUGGCACUUGGCAGUUCAGUUCCACCUUGAGUGUGCCUAUACUUUUUUGUAUUACUAUGAGUAUAAAAAAGCUAAACAGUGUUUCAAUAUGGCUAAAGACAUAACAAAACUGCAGAUUAAUCUUACAGGUGCUUUGGGGAAGAGAACACGAUUUCAGGAAAAGUAUGUUGCACAGCUUAUUUUGGAUGUCCAAAGAACAGAUGAAUUCCUCCUUCCUCACAGUGAACUAAGUCCAGCUCCAACACCUCUAGAAAACUUAACAAUGAAUUAUGAUUUAAAUGAUGAUACAGUGCUUAAUGAGAUAAAAUUAGCAGAUGCUGAUCAGUACCAGGUACCUGAUUUAUGUGCAGAAGAGCUUGCUGUAAUCCUUGGAAUAUGUAUAGACUUCCAAAAGAACAAUCCAAUACACAAAUUAACUGAAGAGGAACUUCUGGCUUUUACUUCAUGCUUGCUCUCUCAGCCAAAGUUCUGGGCCAUUCAGACAUCAGCCUUACUCCUUCGGACCAAGCUUGAGAAACGAAGUACUCGCAGAAUGGAACGGGCAAUGAAGCAGACUCAGGCACUUGCAGACCAAUUUGAAGAUGCAAGUACGUUGGUAUCUGAACGCAUGAAGAUUUUCUACUGUUGUCAGGUGCCUCCACAUUGGGCCAUACAGCGUCAGCUUGCAAGCUUACUCUUUGAGCUGGGAUGCACCAGCUCUGCCUUACAGAUAUUUGAGGAGCUGGAAAUGUGGGAAGAUGCAGUCGUCUGCUAUGAAAGAGCAGGACAGCAUGGAAAGGCAGAAGAAAUACUCAGGCGGGAGCUAGAGAAAAAGGAAACACCAGGAUUAUAUUGUUUGCUUGGUGAUGUUCUUAAAGACCACCAGUACUAUGACAAGGCCUGGGAGCUCUCCAGGCACCGCAGCGCCCGUGCCCAACGCUCCAAAGGCCUCCUCCAUCUCCGCAACCGGGAAUUCAGGGAAUGUGUGGAGUGCUUUGAACGUUCCGUGCAGAUCAACCCUAUGCAGCUAGGUGUAUGGUUUUCCUUGGGCUGUGCAUACAUUGCUUUAGAAGGCUACGAAGGUGCUGCCAAAGCAUUUCAGCGCUGUGUGACAUUGGAACCAGAUAAUGCUGAGGCCUGGAACAAUUUAUCAACUGCUUAUAUCAGAUUAAAACAGAAAAUCAAAGCAUUUCGAACCCUCCAAGAAGCUCUCAAGUGCAACUAUGAGCACUGGCAAAUAUGGGAGAACUAUCUUCUCACUAGUACAGAUGUUGGAGAGUUUUCAGAAGCAAUUAAAGCUUAUCACCGGCUCAUGGACUUAAGAGAAAAGUACAAGGAUACACAGGUGCUGGCUAUUCUGGUCAGAGCGGUAGUGGAUGGUAUGGCAGAUCGCGCUGGAGAGGUAGCGAGUGGAUUGAAGGGGAAAUUGCAAGAGCUCUUGGGCAGAGUGACUUCACGAGUGACAAAUGAUGCGGAGAUCUGGAGACUUUAUGCACAACUUCAUGGAAACGGACGGAAUGGUAGUGGUGAAGAUAUUGAAAAGUCACUGCAGUGUCUCACUAAGGCACAUAAAUGUGAGAUUCAAUCAAGUGAUUGGGAGAAAGAUGUUUCUUCUUUUAAGGAAGUGGUGAAAGGAGCCAUAGAGAUUGCACACGUGGCUAUAAAAUGCAGCGAGAACAAAUCUAAUCAUCAGGAAGCCUUGCAGAUACUUUCUUCAGCUCGGCUCAACUUACGUGGCUUGUCAUCCAAAGCGAAGCAACUUUACGUAGAUGUGACAAGUAAUGAGGUUCACAGUGAGAUAGCGGAUGAGGUGACAACUAUGGACAACAUGAUUGCUAAACUUCAGGAACUGAGCAACCAGCUGAGAAACCAGUGCUGACAUACGGACCGGAUUUCGUGACAGGAAGACAAUAACGACAUGUUUCUUUUGCCACAGCUUUUGCUGAUGAAAUGACAACAUACACAGUGUGGAGGAUGGAGAGGCAAGAGCUGGCCCACUGUUCAGGAGACACUGGCUUUUCAAAACAGAUAAC